UUGAGGGGAAGGAAGGUUCCGCAGUGGAAUACCGAGAUUGAGGUUGCGUAGAAAAAAAGUCAGCCUUGGGAAUUGUUGGUGAGCCGUGAAAGUUAGGUUAUGUUCCAGAAGAUUCACUGCUCGUAUUGGUUUGAUUUGCUGGUGAGCUUGUCUCCCUUGCCAACAGGAGAAGGAAGCCAAGGUGGAAGAUGAUCACAGGAUGACGACGAUGAUAAGGAAUCAAUUCGAUUAAACGAUCAAUGAAAAGUAGGUUUUGUGAACUGAAAUUGCGUUUGCGAGGUUCGUGAUUGAUUUUCUAGAAGUAUUUUGUGUCUCCAACUGGAAGCCGCAUAGAGAGCGGUUGUUACGUAACGAAACAUGUAACAUUGGAAGAUGAUGAUGAAAUUCGACAAAAGACAAAAUUUGAAUGAAACUUCGUACCUUAUCGACAUGACCACACGCAGCAGAGAGCUAAUCCUGAUCUUCCGUCUGUCUUUUUCGGUUUUGGAUUUCGCUACGGGUUGCAGCCGGUCAACCGAGUCUGCUGAGCCAGGAUGUCAGCCACCACUAGCACCCAGAAAAUGACCGAGAUCCUGCGGGACACGGAACGGGUUGCGGAUCAGGUGCUGAUGCGCAAGCAGGAGCUGAUUGCCCUGGACAAGCGGCGACAGGAAACCCGGGAAGCGAUUCGAAUCAUUCGGAAAAAUUUCCCACAGCCAGAUUCGAAAGUUUGGAUCACGGUCGGUUCCAUGCUGCUGAAGCAGAAGCAACCGAAGGCACUGGAACUGCUGGAGAAGGACGCCGAACAGAUAGAGAAGGAGAUCGGCAAGAUUAGAACCGAACAGAAGGUGUUGGUCGGCCGGCAACGAGAUCUGGAACACGACAGCCCGCUGCGGGGAUUCGAUCUGAAGCCGAUGAGUGCGGCGGAAAUUUCUGCCAUCCGGGCAAAUUUUCCUAGAUUUUAGUUCUCUCUGGGAAGUGGGACAAGCGGUCUCAAUCUAUUGUAUUCUACUUCGUUUUAGCAGUAUAAGUCUUUUAAGUUCUUGUGACAUUCAUUAGGUAAUAAAUAGAGUUGGGCGUAA